UUUCUUAUUCUUUGGCUUUGGUUUGAAUUGUUAACAUAAAUUGCUGUUAUUUUUUACUUUGUCUUCACCAUUGUCACGUUUGUAGUUUAUCACCAUGUCAGGAAUAGCUGUCGCAAGGUUAGCAGAAGAACGGAAAGCCUGGAGGAAAGAUCACCCAUUUGGAUUCAUUGCUAGACCCACCAAAAAUCCCGAUGGUUCAUUAAAUCUGCUGAAUUGGGAAUGUGCCAUACCCGGUAAAAAAGGAACUCCUUGGGAUGGCGGCCUUUAUAAGCUAAAAAUGAUUUUCAAAGAUGAUUACCCAUCUUCACCACCUAAAUGCAAAUUUGAACCACCAUUAUUUCACCCAAAUGUUUAUCCAUCAGGCACCGUUUGUCUAUCGCUUUUAGAUGAAGAAAAAGAUUGGAGACCGGCUAUCACCAUUAAACAGAUUCUCCUCGGUAUUCAAGACUUACUUAAUGAACCAAACGUUAAGGAUCCUGCUCAGGCCGAAGCAUAUACCAUUUAUUGCCAAAACCGUUUGGAAUACGAAAAGAGGGUGAGAGCUCAAGCAAAAGCCAUGGCUGCCACCGAAUGAUAAACAAUUUGACUUUUGGUGUAAUUGUUGUUAAUUAAAUCAAACAAUUUCAUUUUAUAAUCAUUGAUUCAUAUUGUAAUCUGUCCUAUUAUUUUCUUUCCAGGCAUCAAUUCAAAUUCAUUUUAAACAAAAUACAUCAAGAUAAUAAUAAGACUUAAUUUCUUCAA